GGAAGUGAUCAAACACGGCUAGUUUAGCUUGCUAGUUAGCUUAGCUUAGUUUAUUAGCCGCUUACAAAGAGACAAAGCGGACGUGAUUGUGUGAAAAUGUGCAAAGUAGAAAUGCUGAGAGUGUUGGUGAAGCAGCGACUAACUGCUGCUGUGGAAGAAAUAUUUGUAGUGUUAGAAAGAACGAUAGCAGAAUACGAGGAGGAACUUUCUAGAACAAAAGAGGAGAACGAGCGACAACGUCAACUACUGGACGCUCUUUUCAACAAACAUCAACAAACAGUCUGUGAUGAGAUGGAGCAGGAGGAGGCGGAGCCCCCCCACGUUAAAGAAGAGAUCGAGGAAGCUGAUACCUCCAAGUUACCAGGGACUGGUGUCACUGUGAAGAGUGACGAUGAUGAGGUCAAAGGUGAAAGUGAGGAGCAGAGAGAGGUGGAGAAACCAAGCAGCAGCUCAACUCAACACAUGACAACAGAAGGUGAUGGUGGAGGAUCCCAAGCAGGCUUAGCUCCACUGUCAGAUGGUGAGGACGCAACACCACCCUCUCCUGACACUGAUGAUGAAGACUCUAAAGCCGAUGCUGAAGUAAAACUCUUCCCGUGCUUGGUUUGUGGUGAAGCGUUUACUCAGAAUGCAAGUUUGAUAUCACACAAAAAAACUCACACGGGGGAAAAACCUUUCGUUUGCUCAGUCUGUGGUAAAAAGUUCUCUGACAAGAGCAGCGUGAGGAAACACGCGCGGGUACACACCGGGGAGAAACCCUUUUCCUGCUCGGUCUGCAAAACGAGCUUCAGGUAUCAGACGACUCUGAUCCAACACAUGCGGACGCACACGGGAGAGAAACCUUUUGCCUGCACGGUCUGCGGCAAGAGAUUCUCCCAAAGGUCCACUCUGACAGAACACACGAGAUCGCACACCGGAGAGAAACCGUUUUCAUGUUCGGUGUGCAACACCAGUUUUAGCUACCACUCGUCGUACAUUCAUCACAUGAAAAGACACGCGAGUGAGAGUUUGCGUUGGGCCCCGUGAUACGGUGUGUGGUGUGUCAAGUAGUUCAUGUCACCGCAAACAUAUUCCUAGACCCUUCCUGAUUACAACACAGAUUUAUUCAAAUUUGUCAAAUAUUUCUGUUCAACAAAAUGUGUCGUCUUGGCAUUGAAUAGAUUGCAAAUUGAUGGUUCUCUAGUCUGAGAGGAUGGAGCCGCAUCCAGAGUAUUUAUACCCGGCCUAAGGAGACUUAUUUUGUCGUUUCCUGUGUUUUGGUUUUAUUUUUCUUAUUUCCUUAAUUCCACUUCCUGUAAGAUGUAAGCACUGGUUUCUCACCUGCUCCUGGUUGGCAAUCA